AUGCAGCUCUUGCACAUUGCUCGACCCAAAAACUCUGCGAAUCCACUUCUUCGCCCCAACGUUAGUCGCUUCGUAUUGGCGAAGCGAGCCCCCACAUAUCGUCUGCAGGGUCACAAUAAGUGUCUCACACUUACCUCUUUCAGCCCUCUUUCUCACAGGACCUUCACCUCCUAUUUCUGCAAGAUGACUACCGACAAGUCAACCUCGGAAAAGGAAAAGCCCUUCACACAACUCCCCACGGAUUGUUUGAUAUCUAUCCUGGAUCAACUGUCAACGAAAGAUUCAUUAGCAGUAUCCAAGACAUGCAAAGACAUCCGCGCGUCAGCCACGCCUUUCGCCUACCGGGAGGUCACCCUUGACUGGACUAAUCGGCCUCUGCGCCGAGUACUGCAGUUAUUGCGAUUGAUAUUCAACUCGCCCGAUAUAGCAUCGUACAUCCAACAUGUCAGUCUUGUGUCCUCUGAACCGGAAACCUGGGAAGAAACCCAGCCAGAUAUGAACUGGGAAACCGAGUCCCAGGACUUCAGCGAUGUCACCGACCAAUCCAUAGACAUUGUCCGACGAGCCGGGUUCAGCGACCUUGAUGACUGGCAGCUGCCCCUGAACAACGGCAACAUCUACUGUUACACGGCCAUCCUCCUCUCCCAGCUCCCGAACCUAAAGUCGCUCCAUCUGGACUACUCCUUCGUCUGGCAGGACGGGUACCCAGGGCUCAUGCUAAAGCAAGCUCUCUUCUCCCCAAACGGAGCGCUAUCCACCUUCCAACACCUCGAGGUAGUAGACUACGGCGGCAACGUCCCCAUUGCCGAACACGAGGACGAAUCCCGGGACGGCUAUCCUGCCUACAACCCAGACCAAUUCACAGCCUGGUUCUAUCUCCCCUCACUACGCCAAUCAUCAAUAUGGCUCCGCGACAUCAACCAACUCCGAGAAAAAGCCCCGAUCCUCAAUCUCACCAACGUAGAAACCCUCAUCCUCGCACGCACCACCAUCUCCGAAUCAGACAUCGCCUUCCUGCUCUCCCAGACCCCCAACCUCCGAACCCUCCACCUCGGCCUAGCCUACGCCUGGGGCAGAGAACUCGUCCUCCAAUACGCAGACACGCUAGCGCAGGCCCUGAAACAGGUAGCCACGACACUGCAGCACCUCUCCCUCGGAGUAGAAUACUACCCUUCGACGCUAGGCGACCGCUACUGGGACGGCGCAGACGACCACUUCCACGACGCCUCGGGGAUAUUAUUUCCUGGUUCCCGAACCUGGUGA